AAACCUGAACUUGCUCGUGUCGUUGGACAAAAACCGUCAACUGCGGUAGGUGCCGAAAAGUUCUUUUCAGCUCACACGUCCUUGUAAACAGGCCUAAAACUAACUUUAGCGACAAAUUGGAAUUAAGUAAGGAACUGUAACUCGAAAAUAAUUUUUAUCGUUCACGACCGAACGUUAAGGACAAAAUGGUCUUCCGAGGAUUCUUGUAUCUUCAUAAACUUUAAGUCAUACAAAUAACUUAAAAGAAAUGCCUUUACCGCAGAGCGUUUGUUUUGGAUUUAAAUCUCCAACGAAGAGUUUUUGUUUCCAUUUUUGUGAUGCCUUAUAUUCUUUUUGGGUUUAUUCUGUUGAAGUUGGCUUCUCGGAAUAUGAAAAGCGUACUGGAGCUGAAGAACUUAUUUCUCUUUCAUGCAUGCAAGUUAUUUGGCUCGUUUGCUUUUAGUCAAAACAAAGGUCAUUCAGUGGUACGCAAUUCAUCUCAUAUUGAAAGGUGAACUUGAAUCUAAAAGUCCUAAAAAUACACAGGUGUCUGAGAAAGCAGAGACAAAAUAUUUUUCUUUUCUUCUUUUAAGUUUAAUCCUUAUUUUACGGCGUUUGCUCUCUCCUGACAUCUUAUCGCUAAGUUAAGCGACAGUUCUAAUCAUGUAGCUAAAUGAAAUAUAUUGUAUAUUUGUACAGCCUGAAAGUCUUAUGACAAGAGCAAAAAAAUUCGUGCAAAACUCCAAGCAGCACUUUCGUAGUUUGUGAAGUGUUAGAAAAACAAAACCAAGACAGUCUCUAUCAGUCUACUGAAUUGUAUAAAAGUAUGCUUAAAAUCAUAGUACAAACACUUUGGUUCUUUGUUAUUUUGUCUUUUCUUCUUUCUCUUUUUGCUCAAAACUGGGAAUUUCAAAGGAAAACAAUUUCAGUUAAUUAAUCCGAAAAUUACCAUACCUCAAGAAAUUAUUAGUCUAAUCUUGGUGAAAAGGUUAAGAAAAUGUUUUGGAGAGUCAAUGGACCUUUGUCCUAUUGUAAUCUAAUUCCGUCGUUAACCAAGAAAAAACACAUCAAAAUUAAAAAUUAAAAAUAUGAUCUUAAAAUAACUAAACAUGCGCACUUGCGCUUGUUUUAACAGCUGAGCCCUGAAGUAUUUUAGUAUUUAAGGCCUCAGAUUCCCAGAGAAUAAGCAGAUUUACGUACCAAAAACAAGGCGACGACAGUGACAAGUGUUGGCACAGAUAUCUGGGUUUUUGAGCAAAGCACGUUAACCGGAAGUGAACCUUUUUCUCUUUCAAUAUGCCUUGACAGCUGCCUUGACGGUACCAAAUUUGUAUUUCUAAGUUUCUUACCUCUUAUUGAGACGAUUUACCCAAAAAUUUGUUCAAAAACAUAGCCCAAGAAUGCAAAAAGUCCACUUCCGGUUGACGUGCGUCCUAUUUUCCGUCAGUUAAAAGCGUCUCGACCAAUCGCACAGCGACAAAUUGAGCACACCGGAAGUCGCUUAGUCCCUUUUUUUUCUUUUCUUUUUUUCUUUUUGUCUGUCUUUCUGGCUUUCUUUCUUUAUUUAUUCUUUCACGUCAAAGGAACCUAUGGAUCGAUGAUGAAACCCUUCGGGCUGUGAAAUCUUUUGAUUCAGUUUUUAGAUUGUAGUAUUUGAACCCAAGAAUUCCCAAAAGAACGAACCCUCCUCUUGGACCUUCUAGCAGAACCAGAAGAAACAGAGUUUCUGCUCUCAGAUAAGAAGACUGUAAUGAAAUAGUUACUUGGUCAAAUUUUAAUUAACACGAAAGCACCUUCAAAACCUGUAAAAAUGUUUACCAGCUCAUCACUAAAACACGUUCUAUUUUCGCCGAUCAAUUACUGCAGAAUAAAGGCUCUGUAUGAAUGACAAUGAAGCCAUUGAACGUAAGGUUGUAAUUACAUUGUCGAACUGAAAAUAAUAUGAAUAAAUCACGGUGAUGACUCGGCUUUUUGUGAUUAACACCUGUUUUUUAUUGCAUUUAUAGAAUACAUUGGCAGAAUUUAGUGAAUAAAGACAUUGCAGUUAUCUCGAUCUGUACCGUAUUAUCGCCAGCUACGACACGGAGAUAACAACGAUUACUUUGGUGGUUAGUUACUUUUGGCAGAUCAGUUCAGUUGACGAUUUUAAACAGCAAUGAUUCUGGUCAUAUUUCAUGACAGGCCUUUUCAUUGAAAACUAUACUAAUAUCUUAUUGCCAAGUCAAUGUUAAUUUCGAGUCAAACAGAGAAUUUUCAUUACAAUACAAUGCACCGUAGUUAUUUGUUACCUCUUUAAUGAAGCUUGUCAGUAAUGGCUCUUUAAUGGCGUGCUUGUGUUUCUGUGGGAACAAAUCAGCUCAGUUCUGUUGAGAAGUGUUUGUUUUCUAUUUGUGUGGUCUUUGGAAAGCACGCAGCAAGUGCAUACAAAAUGUAACAGCUUUUCUUGCAAGAACUGAAUGAACCGUUACACCACAUUAUUCUGUCACCACCGUUUGGUCCAGUUUUCCAAGGCUUUUACUUUAGCAUCAUCGAAGAGGUCAACUGAGAGGUAUUUAUUGAUUAAGAAAUAUCUAUUUGCUUCCGGUAAAGACGCUUUCGUGUGCACCUAUAUUAUCAGUCCAUAUCCAAAGCGAUUAAUGUGACCGUAUACUUCAUGCUUUCUGUCGUUACGGCCCGUCAAAGUUAGUGUAUAUCUCAGGCGAUCCAAUAUAGGUGUACCGGUUUUGCAUUAUUCUUUAGCCAUUGUAAUUACUGCUAUAAUCGUGGCCUAAACUGAUGAACGGCCGCAUAUGGACAAAAUGAGGCAAAAUGUUAGUCAGCGCAUUGCUUAAUUGUCUUGUAAGAUAUGGACCUCUGAUCAUCAAUACAGCUUGCUGGUAAAUGACUCUCGUACUCACUUCGAUGGCUAAAAAGGAACCGCUCACGGUCGACAGUUUCAGUACAUUUAGGGAGUGUCCCGUCAUUUAAGAUUCUAAAUAAUUACAAACAAAGAAAGCAAUAUGUUGUCCUGUCGUUUGUUGAAUGAAUUAAUUCUGAUAUGAAGUCAUACAAAUUGGUUACUGAUUGUUACUUUCCUGUGUGCAUUUUCAAACAAUUUUGGAUUUCACUGCGCAAAUGGCUGUCAGUCCUUCCUAACUGUUACUUGACAGGUCAGGGGCACCUAACGAGAAUAUAGUUCAAAACCACUUAAACGUAACAUUGUUAAACGUAUUUUAGUAUUUAAACGGUAGAUUUUGGCAUAUUUUUAUCCCCUAAAAAUGUUUCAUCUGUUCGGAUUUCCUAGCUGAAAGUCUAGUGAUCAAAACUUACCUUUUCGAAAAUUUCAGCGAGAAAAAAGACUCCCGAAAACUCUAGGUGACCUUUUUAGGGUAAAAAGCCGUUAAAAUGGGUAAUUAUAGCAUUUUUUAGAUGUUCGAAAAUCGUAGGAGACGUUGAGUGCUCCUGAUAGGUCAGCGUUUAUUGUUAGCGGUAGUAGCCAUGUUCAAAGUGGCUAUAACUCGUGAUGGCAGGUGCUUUUGUAUAGUUCACGGACUACAAGACCAGAAACCUUAACCUUUUUCCUAUCUUUUGUAGGAUAGAAUGAUACUUUCUCCUGAGGUUUGGAUUCUCGUAGUGUCAGUUCUUUUUUCUCUAGCAAACGCCGAGAUCCCAAGCGACAACGAUGACGAAGGUAUGCUAUCGGGGUUGGCUACAGAAAAAAUAUAUACUAAGGACCUUGAAAAACACGUCUCCACUCUUUCUUAAUGCUUCUAAAGCUCUUAAUGCCUUCUGUUGGAUUUUCAUUUAAAACGUAUGGCGAGCUGUUACAAAAUAUUCGUAAAUCCCGACACCUUUCUGCCACUGAGUUCCCUGGCAUCUUCAUUCCUCUUAUUAUGAAUUCAAAAUUUGAUGACUGGGGUAUAGCAUGUUGCAAUUAACUUCCUCGUCUUUAAAAAAUAAUGAUUUAAAUGGAAAUGUGCAUUCAUGCUGAAAACUGUGGGUAACUACCACAUCAAGUCAAAGUGGCUAUAUUUUUAUUACUAAAUGCUUACAAGAUAGAUUAAAAGCAAAAACAACAAGCAACUGCAAACAGAAACCAAAAACUUCCAUUGCAGUGCCUCAGUCACAUAAGGUGACGAAAAUUCAACGAGCCCCGCUCGAGGCAGGACGACUGUUAAGCCUAUAGGUAUCCUUUGCGCGCAAGUUUUCAUCGAGAGAGAGACGUCUGGGUACGAGGCAGUAUAGGUACAUGUACGGUGUUCCAAUCAGGGUCCGCAAUUGUAAUCCGUUGAUUAUAUUCGGAAAGUAAAUAAAAUAUUUGCUAGCGCGGAUGGGCCUUUAUAAUUGUUGUUUUCAGUAUUGCUGAAGUAUUCCUGGCAAAAAAAUGACAAGCUUAUACAGUUUUUAUUUUCUUUUGCAGAGGAAAAUUCCAGCCCAAGGAUGAUACCAGAUUUCUGGUUGUACGGUGACAUGAAAUUAACGUAUCACCAGGAAGCACUUCUUGACCUACCAAGCAGCCAAGACAACCUUUCUAUCCCGCCUAAAGCACCGGCUGCUACCAGAGAGAAGACCUUACUAUGGGACAAUGGAAUCAUUCCGUACGUGUUUGACUGCAGCUUAGGUAAUUUAGAAAAACUUGAAUUAGGCCCUCUUCGCUCUACGAUGAAAAUAGAGUUUGGCGUUUUGUUAUUUUUGGUCGUCAAACUGGGGAAUGACUUAGUUAAACCGAUGAUGCCCUUUAGUUUAAGUCAUAGUAACAGUCACUUGAGUACCAUGCUCCCUCCUCUUUGGCCCCUGUCACUGAACUUCUCUGGUACCUUAUCACCCAGUGGACUUGAACAAAAUUACCCCUCACUCGUGAUAAAAUCCCUACAGCAGUAAGUCUAACUUGCUGGUUGCUUAAUCCAGUGGUAUCUUCUUGCAGAAAAUAUGCCUGAACUUCAGAGGAUUGUCAGACUAGCUAUGGACGACUGGGAGUCUAAAACCUGCCUCAAGUUUGUACCAAGAAAAGACGAAAGCGAAACGGAUUACGUCACAUUUUUCAGAGGGACUCAGUAAGUUUAUUGGCGCAAUUAUUCAUUGGUUAAUUGAUCAUUAUCAUUUCCUGCGAAAAACGCAGAAAUAUGGUCAUUCCUUUUCUUUGAAAAAAAAGUCUCCAUAAUACGCGCGUUCGUUUUUAGUUGUUGUUAGUUUUUGGCCAAGCUUCGUGUUUUUGUUUGUUUGUUUUUUUCUGAGUUUACCGUAAGUGUGUUACCACCCAAGCGAACACAACUGUGACUAUGAUUUGGUCUGACACUUCUGCUGUUUAGCAGAGAACUUAUUGCACACCCGCACUCUUAAGCUACAAUACAAUUGCUGAGUGCCAUGUUAUCCACUAAUAAAAGUUCCUCUUAACCCUUUCACUGCCAGAGUGAAUGAAUGGAGUCUCCUAGGGCAUGGCUGUAACUUUUGAGUCUGUGGACGAAAUCCUAUGAUGUGACCAUUCAAAUGAAAGUUCUCUGCCUGUACUUUCACGUGGGGCUAUUUGUUUUUCAAAAUUUCGCAAGAUUAAAUUUCGAAAUUUGGUCGAAAUUUGCUUUUGGCUAAAUUUGGCAGUGAAAGGGUUAAAUUCUGAGUAGCGUGUUCCAUACGUUUAACAUGGGGAUAAGACAGACAAUAAUGACAAAUGCAGUCUCGCGGUAGCUUUCGAGAGGUGGCAACAAGAGUACUUUCACUGGGAAAAAGCUGGUGUUUUGGUGGUCUAUAGAGGUUUCAACGAUGACCAGGAAGAUAUCAUUAAGCAGUAGCUUAUGUCGCUUUUAAAAGGCGCGUGGUCGCAUAUAAGAGAGGUAUUAGAUUCGAAUGUAAAUUACUUUCCAAACAUUAAUCGCGCUAGCUAUUUCUCGUUCAGUACAUCGGGAUGCGUCCGCCUACAACCCUCUUAUUAUAUUCCCCUUAUACUUGUGUUCAGCUGUUACAGCACAGUGGGCAAGGCGCGCAGUGGACGUAGGGAAGUCUCUGUUGGAUUUGGCUGCGAGUAUCAUCACGUGAUGGUUCAUGAAAUAGGUCACGUGAUUGGAUUUUGGCAUGAACAUAGCAGGCCAGACAGAGACAAGUACGUGAGGAUAGUUUGGAAAAACGUAAACAAAGGUCAGUACUAGAAAUACGUGUCUCGCCAAAAACCUGGCCAGUCUUGGGUGGAAUAGGGCCAAGAAUAGGGCUAAGAAAGCUGCUUUCGUUAUAUAACAGGAUCCGCGAGCUUGCAAGAUGAAGCGAUUCCUGUGCUCUGAUUAGCUACAUAGCUGGCAAGAUGGAGCCAUCUUGCCCGCCCAGGAUUUUCCGCGUUGGUCCCGCAAGAAAAAGUUCUCUUUUUGGCCAUAUAAUAUAUCUUCUAUUGAUUAAGCUUUUUCGUUCAAGAUGGCUGAAUUUUAGCCUCGUUCCUCUUUGCAUUUUUAUUGACCUUGACUUUGCCUCGGUCAAUAAAAACGCAGAAAAUAACUUGGCCAAUAUCCAGCCAUCUUGACCUUAGGCUUGGUCAAUAAAGCAUAUGGGAAUUGUUACAUUACUGUGCCGGUUACUCCGUGUGUUUUUCUUUCUUUAUAAUACGGGCUAACGCUUCUUCAGUCACCACCAAUUCAUUGCCGUCAUUUUCUCCUUAACGAUCAGGUUGGGAGCACGCCUUUAUGAAACAAACAUGGCAAGCUGUGGACUCCCUAAAUACGCCAUAUGAUUACUCCAGUAUCAUGCAUUACAAGUUAAACGCCUUCUCUCGGUCAAUCAGGAGAAAAACCAUCGUGCCCCUGAAGAAAGUACGAGCGCGCCCCUAUAGAAGGAUCUCUAGGAUUGACGCUCUUCAGGUCAACCUAAUGUAUAAAUGUGACGGUAAGAAUUUAAACUGUUACGAAAUUUCAUAACCUGCUUUGAAAUAGGAUUCACAGGGACAUCAUGAACAAGCCUGGGUUCAUUUUGCUAAAACUAAUGGUGUGAAGCAUCCUUUUUUUCCCUUUUCCUUUUGACCUUGUCCCCAUGAAGAUACCUUCUCAUCAUUGUCAGGAUGAAACACAAUGGAUACCGUGGUUCGUUACUCCACUUAGCCCUAGAGAAGAACAAGUUCUAGAAGCUUCUUGGCUCUCGAAAAUAGCCCUAAAGAGAUUUUUCUUCACGAUGUUUGAUAAAGACUCCGAUGGGCGUUUUUAGUUUCGUUUUAGAAAUCUAAGACCUGCUUUGACUUGUCUCUUUUAGAUAAGAGUCAGCGGCAACAAUCGUCGACAAACACUGGCAAUCAUGAAGGCCGAGCUCGGUCCGCGAGGAGUGUUGUAAGCAUUAGAGGGUAUAUUGACCAAUCAUCAAACCAAGGUAAUUAUUUAUUUUCCAUCUGCCUCGCAUUUUCCAUCCUUAAGAAGAAACAUAUUCAUACAGUGUGAAAUAAAGAAACGAAAAGGCUGAAACUGGCUAGAACUGUAAUCUCAAGCGUUCAUCUGUUACAUUACCUCUUCUUUGCUAAAAUUAUCUAAAAUGAUCACCUGACAAUUACGCAGUAGCAUGUCAGUAUCGUUCCUGAUAUGAUUAAAAUUUCCACAGCAAAACCGGAGAAGAAGACAGAUGAUCCAAACUGUCGCGACACAAGCAAGGCUUGCGCUUACUGGGCUCAGAAAGGUUUCUGUAAAACACGCCGGGACUUCAUGCUAACGGACUGCAAGAAAAGCUGUAACUCUUGUGACGCAGGUAAUUAGCUGUUAGGGGACUUUGCAACUAUAUUUUGAUCAUCAAUGUACCGAGUUCUGUAGUACUUUUUUUUAAUAUAUCACCGUUGAUAUCAGAGUAUGUUUGUACCGCGCAACUGUACCCUGGUAAACUGUGUACUGCAUGUUCUUUUCUUUUAACAGCCAACAAGGUUGAAGAUAAUUCUGAGAGUGAAUGUGUAGACGACAAGGAAGCUUGCGUAAUGUGGGCUAAACAUGGCUACUGUGAAAGUAGACCAGAUGUCAUGAACGUCAAAUGCAGAAAGAGCUGCCGAAUUUGCAGUAAGUCAUUGUUGUUAAGAGUAUUAUAUAAUAAGCAAACACAUUAAGGAGUCGAUGUUGCGCCAUAUGUAGAAGGUUGUUAGUUCUGAAUAACCCCUGACCUGUAAUUUCCACCUUAAACGGACUCCGUCCUUCAUUAUUGACCUUUGUAUCUGUAAAUUUACGGAGGAGACAACGUGGCUGAGUGAUUGGAGCGCUUGAUUUUCCAUUCUGGGGACCCCUCCCUGAUCGCAUGCUGGAGUAGUUCUCGGUAGUCCCGGUCACACUUGUAAGUAAUCAACUGGUUUGCCUCGGGCCAAUUGGGAUUUUUUGUUUCAGUUGUUUUCCCGGCCCCACUAGCCCUUAUGCUAUGUAGUGCUGCCGAGGGUUAAUAAAGGUUUGUUUAUUUAAUUUUAUUCAUUUUAUGAGAAAUAGUAAUUUUUAUCCCUUUUUAGCUGAAGAAAAAUGCAUGGACCGAGAUCCGCGAUGCCGAGCUUGGGCGAGGUGGAAAUAUUGCACCACUGAUCGAUACAAGCACAUGAUGAUGCAGGCGUGUAGGAGAAGCUGUGCUUUUUGUGUCGCUGGUAAGAAAGGGUUCUCUCGCCUUCUCUCACAAUCCUUUUCCCUCUGUUUUCUUGCUCGUAUCUCCUUGCGCCGUCCCCAUUUUUCAAAGAAGAGCUAGCAAGGUCAGUAGGUCUUUCUCAAUCAGUCUUUCCAAAAGCACUGUGCUUUUUUCUAGUUAUCACUAUCGCUGCACAUGCCCUUUUGGAACCUGAAUCAUGUUAAGAAUAGGCUAAAGGCUGCUUCGAAAAGGGGUGAUUGUUGCCGCCUCCCACGCACACGUGAUGAAGCCCUAACGAACGCUUGCGUAAGAGGCUUGUCCUGUUAUCGCGUUAAAAAAAGAGACAUUUUCUGAUCACAACUCACUUUGCAUCUUAGAAACCCAUGAUUGCAAGGAUAAGGUUGCGUCCCGUUGUCCCAGGUUGAAAGAAGAAGGAUAUUGUAAAUCUAUGGACCCGGAUGUACGGCUACGGAUGAGGAACAUGUGCGCAAUGACCUGCAACUUUUGUCGUAAGUAGAAAGUUAACAGUGUGUGAGGCCAAAAUCGAAAUAAGACAAAAAAGGAGAAUUAAUCGGUUUCAAAACUUCUGGUCUUGUUUCAUUUUCAUAAAAGUGAUACAUAUUUGUACCUUGAAACUUUUGUUACAUAACUUUUUGUACAUCUUAAACGAGUUUUCAGCUUCUUAAACAAACCUAUGAGUCUCAAAGGGGUUUGACAAUUGAGCCUUAAAAAGGCCAAAAAGUGGAAAAUUUCAAUCGUUAGUCGUGAAAAUGUUGACCGUUAAAAAUAUACCAGCCCCUUCCCCUCCCCCGGUGAGAUGGCUUGUUUGGCCUUCACAUGGUUCAGUCUCUUGGCUAAUGAACCCAAAAGAUUGGGGUCAUUCUUUUUAAUAGCCACACCCCUCGCCCUCUCCUAUGGAUGACAUAAGUUGACUUUUACCCCCAAGAGAAAGAAAAAGAUCAAAGAGUGCCGACACAGCCACCCCUCAAAAAUAAGUUUCAAGGCCCCCCGCGGAAAAUCUCAUCCAUAGGGAGUGUGUGGAUAUUAAAUGGAAUGGUCCAUAAUUAACAUUGUCGUGGUCUUGUUUCGAUCCAAGGUAAAAUUAAGCAAACAGAAGGCGAUCCAAGACCGCCCAGGCGGCUUCCUUGUGUAGAUACCUUCCCGAUGUGCUUCGGUUGGUCCAGGCUAGGUUACUGUUCCUCCAACACAAGAGAACGAUUUAUGAGCGAGUACUGCAAGCGUAGCUGUAAUCUGUGUUCCUCCAUCAAUCCUGAGUACAUAAGUACGUGGUAUUUACACCUGUGUGAUAUUUCAGUAUUGUUGUUACAAUAGAAAGUCAGAGUUAUAGAAUAAGGCCCCCCCAAGUAGCUUGCGUGUAGCUUCAGUCGAGGCACGAGAUUUUAGCUCUUGUAGGAUGGACUGAUUCUGAAACUCAGUUUCAUAGGAUCUUUAAUGAAUCAUCUCUCACCUCUCAUCCUCUUGCGCCCUGAUGAUCUUGCAUGGAUCCUUAUACGUUUCUGGGAAACUCCCCUCCUGCCCCUCCCGUAAGCUAACAUCAUCGCCUUCACGCCUUCAUCAGUCUUCAUGCCCAGUUUUAUGUUAUCCUACUGUACCUAAUAAGCUGCACUUAAACGAAGCCCCUGAUCUUGAGCCAGGUCUUGACUGAAAAACGCCUCAUAUAAAACAGAGUUAUACUUGAAUUCCAGCAAAAGAUCUCAGCGUUUCGCAUUGUAAUCAAUUGGAACCCCUAAAUUUCUUUCAGCGAUGUUUCGCGACUGCACUCAAUAGUUCUUUUUAUUCUCUUAAGCCUUACAGUCGCGCAUUGUUUCCUUAGGAGAAAAGUGUUUAGAUAAUGACAUUGACUGCGAAGAAAUGAAAAAGCAAGGACAUUGUGAAUUAGAGAGAAAGAGGAGGUACAUGUCAUUCAACUGCAAGAGAACCUGUGACCUAUGCCAAAGGAACCCUGGUGAGUUUUUGUUAAUCCUUUAAGUCCAAAUACUGACAAACAUAAAUUUUCUCCUAACAAUAUCCAUACAUUGUCAAGAGAUAAGGUUGUGAGAAUUAAUGAAAUAAUCACCAAAGAGAAAAUGCCUUGAUUUUUUAUGAUAUUCUCUGAACGUAUUCUUUACGGAAAUGUAUUGAGAUCAGUUUGGAGAAUUUGUAUGUGGAUAUUGGUGCUUAAAGGGUUAAUUAAAAAAAAAACUGCCCGGUGUAAUAUGGUAUAUGUAGGGCUUCAGCUGGCUCAUUCCUUACUUGAAUUCCCAAGUUAAAGACAAGAACGUGUUAUUGCCGUCAAUUCAAACAUAAAUUUUGGUCGGUAAAUUUCAAAAAACAUUGCUUUACAUUUAUUUUAAAAAGGAAUGAAAAAUGUAUAUGACUGAAUCGAAUCUAUUUUGACCGUAGAACAGGUAUAACUGUCGAAAUUCCCGAGACCCUCCAAUAUUUGAGGGAACUGGAAUUUGCAGCCGGCCUGAGGAUAACAUUCACUCACAUUCCAAAUUAAAGUCAUUUUCUUUAGAAGCACAGUCGUGUGAGUCUAUUUAUUCCGCGGUAACAAAUGACUCAGAGUUUGAGAUUGUAAUUCUGAAUUUGACAGGGAACGAAAUUAUCAAUGCCUUCCAACGAAAAAAUAAUUUUCGAAAAUCUGAGUGCAUAUUUGUAGAUGAAAUUCUUUAAGGCAUCCAGGUUUACUGUGAGAUAUUAUGCAACUGAACUUUUUUCGGGGAUCCAGCAGGAGAAUUGGUGGAGAUUUCACGAACUAAGACUCUUUCCUAGCUUUUAUAUAUAUUAUUAUGUGGGCGCGGAGAUACACACGAUUUUCAGUACGAUACUGAGUGCGAUUGCGAUUCAACCAAUGGAAAGAAUAAGAAGUCUAGGGACAUAGCGGACUUGAAAUUUAAUCGUCGUCGACUCGUUUGCUACUAUGAAAGAUAUCAAUACAGAUAUUUGGGAGCUUUAGCAUCGACGACGGCAACUGCAGCGAAAACGUCAGUUUUAAAACGAAUUCCCGUUUUUUCAAUCUUUGUCGCGUUUAUUCCGAUUUGCUGAAAAUGGCAUUGUAGGCGAAUCUCCCUAGAGUUGAUUUCUUGAGUUCAGAGAGAGAAAAAGAGAUUCGUCGUCGCUUGUUUACGUCCUCCAUAAAACUCGCAAUUAGACAUUUUCACGUCGUAGUCGUGCAAGGACGGUAAAGAAAAGUACGAAAAAGCGUGAUGCACGUGCAAAGUUGUUGUUUUGCGUAAUAAACCUAUUGCUUUUUGACGUCCUCUUUGCCGUCGCCGUCGUCGUUGCUAAAGCUCCCUACUUGUUUUAUAUUUCUUUUUCAUUAGCAAUGCCUCCACCGUGUACAGACAAACACAGAUUCUGUAAAUACUGGGCGGCACGUGGUCACUGUCACAUCAAGGCACUUUACAUGACGUCAAACUGCCCUCGCAGCUGCAAUAUUUGUGAACAUGGAAUAUAUGAAAUCAGUAAGGCAUUCAAAGUAGAAUACCGUAAAAUUCUGAAAAUAAGCCCCGGGGCUUAUAUUUUUCAAAGGCCCUUUUAGAGGGGCUUAUAUUCGGAGGGGCUUAUUUACGUAUGGUAAUUUGCGUUUCUAAAUCGAUUGGGCUAGCCUUAUAGUUGGAAGCAAAUUUACCGUUUUUGCUUUGUUUUACUUUGUAUUUGAGGGUAAUUUUCCAAGUACAAGCCCCCGAGGGGCUUAUAUUUGGAGGGGCGAUUUAACGGAGGAUUUUUUGCGUUACCUGUUUGGGGGGCUUAUAUUUGGAGGGGCUUAUUUUCGGAAUUUUACGGUACUCCUUUAUUAUACUCCUUUUAGCCCGCGUAGCAGACGGGAUGAGCGCGAGAGAGGACAAGCACGUCAUCCUCUCUCGCGGCCACCGCUCUUACCAAGCCUCGUUUUUGUGAAUUCGAAAACAGACCGUUCCGCGCCGCCGCCAUUUAUGAAUACGGCGUUUAUCCCUCAUGUAUCUAAUGCGCAUGUCCUCAUGUCCAUCGCUUAUCUAACGCUCAAUAUUUCUUUUGCACCUGCUACUUACGCUCCUAAUGAUUUUACAUUUAGUACAUUUUAAAUUGAAGUUGAAAAGAGUGAGAUCAGUCAAGACGUUCACAUAUAUUUGAGGAAAAUCUGUUUAGAUCGUUCAAUCCCUUCUUCUUUGGAAAUCAAGUGGCCCUGAUCAAAAUGCAAGGAAAAUGACAUUCCUAAAUUGUAAUUGUAAAUUGUAAUUUGUUUACCCACGUAUCACUAAGGAGUCCAUAAGAACUCAUUGAAACGUGUCCGUGCGUUCCAGAUCGAAUUGGAAUUUGAAAGUGUUGGUUUUUAAGGAGAGGGGAAAACCGGAGUACCCGGAGAAAAACCUCUCGGAGCCAGGGAGAGAACCAACAACAAACCUAGAUCUAAUUCCUAGAUAAUUAAUCUUGAUGGAUUUAGCGAACGCGAUGUUGAACCGGAAUGGGUGGAAUAGAUCAUUGUUCAGAGCAUCCCGACCGACGUUGCCGGAUGAUGAUGAUUUGGUACCGGCUUUUAUUACUCAGUUGUGCAAAAGGUUUCUUGACACUGAGAGACGAGCCAUGCUUACUGUAUACCCCGCUGUAAUCUUCGUAGGUUCUCCUCGUUACAAAGACGAUGAGUGCAUUGACAAACAUAAAAAGUGCUCUGAAUGGACCGAGGCUGGCUACUGUGACAUAUAUUCCAACUUCAUGUACAAGAAAUGCCCGCUUAGUUGUGAAGCUUGCUACCCAAGUAAGAAAUUAACUGCUCCUAACAUCACCUAAACCGAUAAAACCGCUCUAUCUGUAAACAUUCCUUUCCUCCAAAACUAUAAGGAAAAUUGGGUAUUGACACCUGUUGAUCCAUAGCCUUCGUUUUAGGCUCUUUUAGUAUAGGGGGUGGGGGGGAGGGGAAGAAAGGUUCCGCCUUUCUCCCUUCUUUUUAAGCUAUAUCUACGCAAAAAGGGUUUUUCUUUGUCUGAGAAAACAGUCUAUAUAUAUUUCGCGAAGCCACCGGUGUUUUCCACGCGAAAUGACUUCUGAGAAACGAGCACAGAUAUUCCAGGCUGACCCGGAUCUGGGUAGUGCUUCUGAUUGGUUUGAAAUUUUGCUUUAUCCAAUCAGAAACAGUACCCAGAUUUCGGUAGUCAUUUGUCAUCAGUAUGGAAUUUCGGCGCUCGUUUCUCGACUCAGACGUCAUUUCGCGGGGAAACCACCGGUGGCGUCAGUGCAUGCAUACCAGUCCUCUUUUCCCAAACUUUCUCUAGCUCUUGUUAGUAAGCAUAGUGGCUUGUUAACAAGUUUGUGAUAAUAAUUCAUAAAGAGAAAACAAAGAAGAUCAUUGAUGUGCACCAGCUUUGGAAAUCGAUUAAUUACCACAACAGUUUAUUUUUACGAAUUGCAAAUCAAGAUAACAGGACGAAAUUUUCUAUGUGAAACCCUGUUUCACAUUCGUAGUACCUUAUAGUUGAAAACAUGACUCCCUCCUCCUUUUCAUAUGAUGUACAAAUAAGAACACCAUGAGAACAGAAUACACAAGGCUAGAAGUUAGCCUAUUUUUAACUGGCCCCGGUUGUUCAAAAGCUGGAUAGCGCUAUGAUCCACCGUAUAAAUCUCUAUCCAGUUGAUAGUGCAUUUGGUUUCGCUAACACUUAUCCACUGGAAAGAGAUUUAUCCGAUGGAUAGCUCUAUCCAGCUUUCGAACAACUGGGGCCUGAUGUAUAAUCUUCUCAGUUUGCCAAUUUUUUUUUGCUUGCAGAAAAUACACAAGCGCAGCCAUGCAAGAACAAGAUGGAUGAUGCUAACUGUGAACAUUGGGCAGGUCUUGGCUACUGUCAAAGCAGAGGCCUUUUCAUGCUUGACAAGUGUCAGCAUGCCUGUAAUUCAUGUCCCAAAGGUAACUUCAGUAGUCCUAGAGAUCGAAAGAGAAUACUUUUAAGAGGGAUAGACACUAAAGCAUUACUAGGACUACUUAGUUAGAAAGGCAACUCACAACUCUCUCUAAAGGGCACCGUUAGGAUCGGCACCUAGUUUCUAUCUUGGAGAGUUAUCCGCGUUAUAGGGAGACGAGUCAAAGGAAAUGAACGAACAAAGAAGGGAAGCGGGGUGUCUCAUUUUAGGGAGGUUUUUCUGUUUUGUAGAGAUGUCUGUAACUUUCUACCUUAAUCCCAGCGCACCCAUUUUUACUGAUAUUAGUUAAAAACAUUUCCUGCAUUUUAUAGUAUCUCAGUACUACACUUUACUUAGAACGAGUUCAUGCAGUUUCUUGGUGUCUUGGGUGAAAGGAUAUGCCGAUUUUUUCUUUUUGCCGGUAAAUCGUCACAAAUUGCCUUACCGUCUUGCGCCUUAAAGAAAAAAUCAAAUUAAAGGCAUUUCUGAGGGAAGCCAAAGUCCUUUAUUAAAUAGCUAUUUUUUUCCUGGAUGUUCAUUUAUUCGCGUAGAAGUGUGAGGAAACUGGUGAAGGGGCUCUCAGCACAGUCAUUAAAAGCUUUAUUAUUACUUCAAGACAACCGAUAUUUCAUCCAAAAAUCAAGACUACACUAGUCUCCCUCGCAGCCAUUAGGAGCAUGACAAAACCGCCGCCUGGUAAGCUCAGUUGGGAGAGCGCCGGCCCGCUGAGCGGGAGGUCACGGAUUCAAACCCCGGCCGGACCAACACUUAGGGUCUUUAAAUAACUGAGAAGAAAGUGCUGCCUUUGUAAUGACAUCUGCAAAUGGUUAGACUUUCUAGUCUUCUCGGAUAAGGACGAAAAACCGUAGGUCCCGUCGCACAGCACUUUCACUGAUCUGUUCUUGUGGGACGUAAAAGAACCCACACAACUGUUGGAAAAGAGUAGGGGACGUAGAUCCCGGUGGUGUGGCCAUCCUCUACGGGUUGUGGGAUUGGGUAGGGAUGGCACCUUGCAUGGGACCUAUGAGGCCCGUUCGUGCCUAUUCCCUCUGGGCAGGCCUGUGUCCAGAAAAGCUUGCAAAACAAAACAAAACAGACAGAAACGGCUGCGGGGAGACUAACAUUACACACAAGUUUUCCAAAAACGUACUUAUUGUGGUAAAACACGACGUCAAUAGGUUUUACUUAAAAAGAGGAUCGUUUGUUUGGAGACAAUGAAUUAUUGCGUCUUCCCAUCUGGCACGAUCUCGCAGUCAUCAUAAUAUAUUUCCUUACUGCACUCCUGAUUUGCAAAUGUAUUUCUAUUAUUUAUUUAUUUGUCUUUUCUCUUCUCUAGAACCUGUCAAGAUUCAACCAGCCCAACCAAAAGGUAUUGAGAACUUAGUGAAAAGAGACUUGAGUGCAUAGGUAUAAAGUAAUUAGACGUUUGAUGCGUUCGGACUGCGAAACCAAGACAAGUGUCCUUAGAAAGCGACUUGUCGAAUUUUAGACCUUCUAAGAGGACGUAAGAGGAAAGCUAUGAUAUGUAUGAAAAACGAACAAGACAAGCGAUCAUAAACGUUUUAAAGUUCGAACGUUUUUUGAUGCUGGGCCAGCGUGCUGCUUGCCUUUAACCUAAGGUGCCCCUUAAUGAGGUUUAUGAACCUCAGGGAGCUAUUUGCGUCUUCAUCUUGUAGGUAUUAAGUGUGAUGAUCCUUGUAAGAAGUUUCUUGAGCGUGGCCAGUGUACCACGAAAUGGAGAAGACGGUGUAUUAGAACAUGUUUAGCUCUGGGAUGUGAUGAAGAAGAAGUCAGACCAGAAGGUGAGAACACUGACUGAAUCUCAAACAGAGCUCAGAUAAGACUCCCCGGGGUGAAGUGACAAUUAAGGCAAGUUUGAGUUGGGACUUGCCGCCGAGCCCUUCAAACCCUGAGCAUGUUUAAGACAGAAACUGCUCAUUUCGCUGCCCUGUUUAAGACAAGAUAAGGUAGAGGAAUGAUUUACCGCGAUUAGAAUAACAGGAAGGGAAGAGCUUUUGUCGUAAAGAAAUUCAAUAGCACGAAAAUCAAUUAUUUCAAUAAACAAAAGAAAAAACCUAAUUUUUGACCACUUUCAAAACACUAUUAAAUUUAUCUGGCGAUUCUCAGCAAUACUAGUUUCCUAAAGACCUCUUUAGUGGAUCGCCACAGUAUCCAGUUGGAUAGCGCUAUCCUCCUUUUGAGCAAUUGAAACUAAUAAUGUCAAUCAUAUUUUAUUUGGCAGGUGCGGGGGGAAGAGGCGAGAUUGUAAAAUUACUCAAAUAACUAAUUCUUUAAAUCUGUUUCUUUGCUUUAAUUUGCCUUCUCUUUUCCAGGGACCUGUUCAGAGCCUCUGGGUGUUGGAUGGAAUUUUACUCUUCCGGACAGUGCAUUCAAAGCAUCUUCAAGUUUGUUGACAGGUCAGCGUUGAGGCACAGUUGAUAUAUUAAGGAUGGAUCAGGCAACCCAUCAAGGCAUUUAAAUAACGAAAUCGAAAAUUGCAAUGUCGAACUGCUUCACAUACGCCCUGUUGGUUUUAGAGCGGAGCUAAAUAUCUAAAGAUUAUUUGGCUUGACUUCCCAAGACAAAGCACUUGUGGACAAACCAGGUGUAAAACUCGUUCAAAGAUUAGGUUUCGAGGGUCAACUCUUUCGUCAGUGCUUUUUUCGUCCAGACGAAGGGUAACAGUCGCAACAAGGGUGCGAGGGUUCGAGGAAUUAGGAUUCUACUGAAUGGAAUCCAAUUCCUCAAACCCUCGGUUUUUCGAUAUUCCCCAUAAUUCGGAUCAAACCUAACUUCCUUUCACCAGUGAAACACGUUAAUUUUGCGAAUGCUCCCGAUUUUUUCAAACCUCCGGAAAAGUUAAACCAAUUUGCCUUUCCCAAGGUGUUCGAAAAACCGGUUUCACUGUAUUUUCAGCGGCUGAUUUGAUUUCGAUAUACUUCGCCACGAUUUCUUAACGCUUUAUCACUAAGACAACUGGCACCGCUAUUACUACAAAAGGUAGACCCUCCAUCCUUCCCUCUAUCCUUCCCUCUUUGACAAAUUGUGCUUUUACUUCCGGUUACAGGCGGAUGGGACUUUGGUGCUUACAAUGCACGACUUUACAAACAAGACAAUCGAUAUCAGAAGAGAAUUGGAGGAUGGUGCGCUAAAGACAAACAGAACGGUCAUUGGCUGCAAGUUGAUCUGGGAAAGAUAAAGUUUGUUACUGCUGUUGCCACACAAGGUUAAGAUGCUCCCCACGUGUGGUUAAGAGAACUAGUUUAGAAUCACUUUUAACUUACUGAAAUUAAGGUGGCUCUGAACCCUCUCUAUAGGACCCUUUUUUAAUUCUCGUCAGCCUGUCAUCCAGUUUUGAAUAUUGAAUAUGAAUAUGAAUAUGAAAUGCUGUUUACAAUUUGAUAAUUCAAAAUGGGGGACAACGAUUUCGUUAUGAAGUUAUAAUAGACACUGAAUAGAGAGGAGAAAUGUGACGUCAUGUUACCAUGGUGGCAAAAUUUCUGGAUCACAACAGUGGCGACGGCGACGGCAACGAGAAUGGCAAAAAAGUAGUAGGAUAACAUUAGCAUUGUCUUCGAUUUCUCUUGGGACGACUGUAAUACCCAGGAGAAACUAGAAACCAUGGUUAAAAACUUAUGCAAAAUUUUGGGGGGUAAACAAGGUGAAAAUGGUGAAUGAACACUGUGACGAAUAGUGAACGAACAAAGGAAGGUUUGACAUUUAGCAUUUACAUAGUCACUUUCUUGAGAAGCUUUUAAAUUAGUUUCUGAUCGUUUAAUCACCCUAACAGUUACUAUUUUACCGGUAUUUUUUUCAUCUGGCAGGUCGCGAUAAAUAUUUUGAGCAUGUAAAGUCAUAUGAAUUGGCAUUCAGUAAAGACGGACAGCGUUGGAACAAGUACAAAGAGGAUGGACGAUUCAGGGUAAGAUGAUGAUCAUCUGAUUUGUAAGAUAGCAACUCCCAUUACUAAAGUCCUCUGGGUAGCUCGGUUAGUAGACAGCAAGUAAGCAGUGUCCUAUGUUUUGACUUUUUUUCUUUUUAAGCCUAAUUCAGUAUAUGCUAUUAUUCAUUCAAAAGACCUUUUCUUAUAAUAAUUCACUUCCCCGUUGGCUGAAAACCACCGAUUAAGUUUGCCAACGAGUUAGCGCUCACCGUAUUAAUUUUAUCAACUUUAGUCUAGACGGCGUGGAGGGCUUUUCCUAGGGCGAGACAUCAGUGAGCUUUAGCAAUGACAACGGCGACUGCAACGAGAACGUCCAAUUAAUAAGCCCUGCACGUCAAGCUUACCAUUUUUGGUACAUUUCUUUACCAUCUCUCCGAUCCGAUCUACGGCCACGACUAGAAAUUUGUUCUCUUGUGUGACGUUUCAUGGAGGACUUAAGUACGUGAUUAUGACGUACGACAAAUUGUUCUUUCUUGAUCUAAACUUGGGUUCAGAGCAAGAAUUCAGUUCGAAGGAAAUUAUCGUCAUUUGGCAUUCUUAGAGAGUUGGACCAUCGUGUCAAAGUUUGAAAAAGCGCGAAGUCUUUUAAUAGUAACAAAGAGAACAUAAUGUGACAAUGCCCCAUUAUCCCCUUUUGGUGAGAGAGGACAGGAAGAAGAGAGAGCCUGAAUAUGAAAAUGGGAAUCUUCCUAACCUGAAUACGUCUGUUUUGUAGGUUUUACCUGGAAACUGCGAUAAUUUUACACCUGUGGUGAACAAAUUAAUCCGUCCAAUUCAAGCUAGGUUUGUGCGGUUUUACCCUAGAACAUUCAACAAUAUAUGCAUGAGAGUGGAAGUAUACGGCUGCAGUAGGAAUAAAGGUAGGGCCUAG